AUGGCGGAUGAGAACGGCGACGUGGCGGGCGAGCUGCCCCCGGCGCCCGCGCCCGCGCCCGCGCCGAUCAGACGCCGCUCCUCCGCCAACUACCGGGCCUACGCCACGGAGCCGCACGCCAAGAAAAAGUCUAAGAUCUCUGCCUCGAGAAAACUGCAGCUGAAGACCCUGAUGCUGCAGAUUGCAAAGCAGGAGCUGGAGCGAGAGGCGGAGGAGCGUCGCGGAGAGAAGGGGCGCGCUCUGAGCACCCGUUGCCAGCCGCUAGAGUUGGCUGGGCUGGGCUUCGCGGAGCUGCAGGACUUGUGCCGACAGCUCCAUGCCCGUGUGGACAAGGUGGACGAAGAGAGAUACGAUGUGGAGGCAAAAGUUACCAAGAACAUCACAGAGAUCGCAGAUCUGACCCAGAAGAUCUUUGACCUUCGGGGCAAGUUUAAACGGCCCACCCUGCGGAGGGUGCGGAUCUCUGCAGAUGCCAUGAUGCAGGCACUGCUGGGAGCCCGGGCCAAGGAGUCCAUGGACCUGCGGGCCCACCUCAAGCAGGUGAAGAAGGAGGACACUGAGAAGGAAAACCGGGAGGUGGGAGACUGGCGCAAGAACAUCGAUGCACUGAGUGGAAUGGAGGGCCGCAAGAAGAAGUUUGAGGGCUGAGCCUGCCUCCCUGCUGCCCUGGCCCUGAGGAAUAAAGUUUCUCUCUGAACUG